GCUUUCUCUCUCUUCCUUCACUGUCCUCCCAUUUGUGCGGCGCCAUACAAGUUCAAAUCCACAUUUCUUGGUUCGACACAAAUUCUUCAUGUCCGGCACGCUCAAGUUAGGUCUACCGUCAUCCUGUUGUUCCUGUGGCAAUUGAGAACUUGAACGAUCGCUCAAGUUGAUCACUAUUCUAUGGCUACCUACGUCUCCUCCAUCCUGAUCGCCGUCGUGUCUGCAUCGUAAUUCAUUAAGUGUCUAUCAGUAUUUUUUGUUCUCCAUACUGAUCAGCAUGGAUUAGUUCCGGUGGCAUCAAACAUUCUGAUUGUUGAUGAGACCUUCUGGAGGUUCGCAAGCUGUUGAAGGUCAAUCAUCGACAUGCGUACCUCAAGAAGGUCGCAGAUAUUCAGAGUCCGUGGAAAUUUGGCCGCGUUUUACCAUGUAACUCAGGAGUCGCCCAUCAGUAUUUCCACUCUUUCCCCCAUCCUGAUCGCCGUCUUGUCUGCAUUCUGUCGUCUGGUGGAAAUCUGGCCGUGUUAUACUACAGCGCAGAACGAACCCCCAUCCAAAGCACUCCUCAUUACGCCAAACACCCAAAAAGACCUCUCCACCUCUCCUCGUUUCGGCACACGUCCGUUUUGGGGUGGUUUUGGAGGCAUGGGCGUUACGCCUGUUGACGUCAAAGGUGUUCUGCAAGUGAAUAUUAAUCCUAUCCUACACCGCCCUGGAGCUAUUGUUGAUGAGAUAAAUGGACAACUCAAUGGUCUUGGAGGGAUGAGAAUGGGGAUGGGGAGCUUGGAUGCAGUUAUGGGGGAAGAUGGCCGCGUAGCACGCUCAUACGCCUACUCGAACGCAAAGGGGCUGGAAAUGGGAAUGGGGAAUAUACCCCUCAUGGUUUGGCAUCAGGCCUCAAACCCGCGUAUUUCGCAUCAUCUUGCAUCAUCACCCUCUAAAUCACUCGGUGAGAAGAAUGCAAAUGCCUACCCAUCACUCCUGUGUCUUCCACGUUUGGGCUUGGGCUUGGUUGAAAGGUUUAUUAGCCAGAACAGGUGCAGGAAGAAGACACCGAAUUUCCUCGGUUCGCGUCCUGAUGAUGAGUGCGAUAUCAUCCGGGAAUGGCAAGAGAAGAUGCGCUGUCCUGAAAACCUACGUCGCGGCGCGUGUGGAAUCUGUUCUUUCGUAGUCCCUCGCACAAACUACCUCAGACAUCUAAUAUGGAGGCCUACGAACAAGCUAUCUUGUAUCCGAGAGGUCUUCUGGUCUGUCAUGUUCGGGAUGACGUAUGGAUGUGUUACCCGAAGGGUCCUUCUAAUUUUUUUUGGUAUUGCGGCCACGAACGGCUUCCUCUUGAUGUGCACAGUGCUUUUUUUCGUGCGUCUUCUUUCGAUCUCAUGCCCAUUUCCUACACUCGCGCAUCAUGCAUUCAUAGCAUGUUUGCCUUGCUCCGGGCUCAGGCUGCUGGUCCCUGCUCCGUGGCCACCAGUCGGAGGUCAUAUCACAAAGAUACCAUCCUUGAAGUUUGAUAGAUGAUGGUCCGCUACUUCCCAAUCUGCUUUCACGAGAUGAAUCAUUGGGCUCUCAGCUCAAUGAUUGUCCGAUCAGGACCUAGAAGCAACUUAUCUUUGGGGAACUUGAGAUCCGUACCAACCCCUUGAACCUUACGAAGUGAGCGGUAUUCUUUUCUAGCUUAAAUCAGUUAGUAGUACAUCCA